AUCAGUUAUUUCUAUGAGAAGGGCGCCUUUUUUCUACAAACACACACCGACAGGCUCGCUCUUCCUGAAACACACCGAUCGCAUCGAAUUCCUUGUUGUCCUGCUGAAUAUUUAGCAGAAAUGACACAUAGGUUAAAUGAAAGAUGAUCCGCGUGUUCGUCUUUGACGGUUGGUGAUUUAAUGGCACAUUUGAUAUGCAAAUAUCCUCGUGCAGGUGGGCUGACCACUGCGUAACGUUACCUCUGCUGAUCUUCACACCUGAGCAUCAUCCGUUUGAAACAUGGACCAUCCGAAUAACAGCAAGAAGACAGAGCCCAGAGUCAAUGAGAAGAAAUGCUCAUGGGCGUCGUACAUGACCAACUCACCCACAGUGAUCGUAUUGGUCGGUCUUCCUGCGAGGGGAAAGACUUAUAUCUCAAAAAAAUUGACACGCUAUCUCAACUGGAUUGGGGUCCCAACAAAAGUGUUUAAUCUGGGUGUUUAUAGACGUGAGGCCGUACAGUCAUACAAGUCCUACGAUUUCUUCCGUCAUGACAAUGAAGAGGCGAUGAAAAUCAGGAAGCAGUGUGCGAUUGUGGCUCUUAAAGAUGUGAAGUCGUACCUGAAUGAGGAGGGCGGGCAGAUCGCUGUUUUUGAUGCCACAAACACGACGAGAGACAGAAGGGAACUCAUUUUAAGUUUUGCGCAGAGGAACUCGUAUAAGGUAUUUUUUGUGGAAUCACUUUGUGAUGAUCCAGAAGUCAUAGCUUCCAACAUCCUGGACGUGAAGGUGUCCAGUCCAGAUUAUCCUGAGCGAGACAGAGAAAGCGUUAUGGAGGAUUUUCUUAAAAGGAUCGAGUGCUACAAAGUCACAUAUCAACCGUUAGACCCCGACCAACAUGACAAAGAUCUGUCCUUUAUCCAGGUGAUAAACGUGGGUCAGCGUUUCCUGGUGAAUCGUGUUCAGGAUUAUAUUCAGAGUAAGAUUGUUUACUACCUCAUGAACAUUCACGUACAGAAGCACUCCAUAUAUUUGUGUCGACACGGAGAGAGCCAACACAACGUCCAGGGCUGCAUCGGAGGAGAUUCAGAGCUUUCCAGCAGAGGAAGAGAGUUUUCUAAAGGCCUCCGCAGGUUCCUGGAAAACCAGAACAUCCCGGAUCUGAAGGUGUGGACGAGUCAGCUCAGACGCACCAUCCAGACAGCGGAGGAACUUGGCGUCCCGUACGAGCAGUGGAAAAUACUUAAUGAGAUUGAUGCUGGUAUCUGUGAGGAGAUGACCUAUGAAAAGAUAAAAGAAACAUAUCCAGAUGAAUAUACUCUAAGAGACCAGGACAAAUAUCAUUACAGAUACCCAGGUGGAGAGUCGUAUCAGGAUCUGGUCCAGAGGUUGGAACCUGUCAUCAUGGAGCUGGAGAGACAAGGAAACGUAUUGGUCAUCUGUCAUCAGGCCGUCAUGCGAUGUCUGCUGGCGUAUUUCCUGGACAAAAGCGCUGAUGAUUUGCCGUAUCUGAAGUGCCCUCUUCAUGCCGUCCUCAAACUCACUCCAGUAGCUUACGGCUGUAAAGUUGACAUGUUUGACCUGAAAGUAGAAGCUGUGAAUACACACCGGGACAGACCACUCGGAGGCAGAAAACAGGUGAUGCCCAGGACUCUGCUCAGGAGAAACAGCUUUACUCCACUGUCGAGUCAAGAUCAGAUAAAACGUCCUCGCCUUUUCAGCGUGGGCAAUCCACCGCGGCUACCAGUCGUUCCCGUUUUAUCAUCCACGCGCUUGCCAGGGGCAAUGGAGACUGAGGAACUGAAUGAAAGCCAGGAAAUACUGGACUGCUUCGACCCCGGAGACUCAAAAGACGCCGUCCAGCAGUAAAAGCACAAACAAACCAGGAAUUGUGAGGCUCCGGAUAACGUAACUUAUAAAUUUUCCACAUGUAAACAAGACCUGUUUUCUCCGCUAUGCUAAAUGCUUGGAGAUUUGCCACAAAUGUCGGCUGCUUUGUGUAGCAGGAAACCUUUGGUGGUAGUAAAAUUCGGUGAAGGUUAAGGUUCAAAACGACUACUAUUCAUUACACUGUUACACUGAUUGACAGCUUGUGAGACCAAUAACAGUAUCGUAUAAAGCCAAACUGAUUAGAGUGGGUGUGGCUUGUACAGGUUAAUCU